UUCUUGGUAAUGUCAGCUCUGGCAGGUUCGAUAAUCGAGAUUCACCAGCUGCAGCCCUCAAGGACUCGAACACAUGGAUUUUAUAAAGCAAAUCAAUAUUCAGCUUUCGGUAUACAUAAUCCCGAGCGACGAUCAUGAAAAAUAAGAUUUGUUUCUUUUGUUUUUCUUUUUAGAUUGGUUUGCAUAUUCUUGCUUUGGAUCUAAGGUGGUCUGAUUGAUUCUGGGAUCUGUAGAAGAGGGAGGCAGUUGUAUGCUUAAAAUUCUAGCUAAAUUGUGUCUUUGGAUAGGGAGACGCUAAUAUCUUGCGAAUUUUUUUACCUAAUUUUUGUUAAAGUGGAAGCGGCGUUACAUAAGUGUUGGAUUUGAUUGAGGUAGUGUUUGUAUGUAUAGGGGAAUACUAUAUAUUGACUGAGUGGUUGUAAAGUUAGUUGAUAUGAGAAUAGCUUGAUUAUGAAUUAUCAAUUAGUGAGUUGAAGUGGAAAAGAGUGGCUGAAGGAGCUAAGACAUUGUGUAUGCAACUAAAUAGACACGGGAGCUUGUUUGUGGAACAUGAUCAGGGAGGCUCCUAUCUCAUCUGAUCAAUUGAUUCAGCAAGAAUUUGCAUCUGUUGUUCCCUGCGCAAGAAAGAAUGUAAAUAAUAUCUCUGUACAGACGGGUGAGGAAUUUGCCAUGGAAUUUCUUAAGGAGUGUGUUGGCACAAGAGGGGUUCCUGCUAUACCAGAUGCAGCUCAGAUAUCGGAGACGAGAGUUGGAAUUAAUCAGAACCAGAACCAACAGCAAGAGUAUGAGGACAUAGCCCAAAUUCUUGGGUUGAAAAGAAUGGAUUCUGAGUGUGUUUCUGAUAUUUCUGAUGUUGCUUCUGUGCAAGAGUCUUGUAGAGGGAGUAAAAAUGGGUCUUGUGUUGAGAAAUUAAGUAAAUACCAGAAGGAAAAUGGUGAUAUGAGAGAAGUGGAAAGGAAGGCUUUUGGUGAAUUGAACUGCGAUAGGAGCCAUCUGAAUGUUUUUGCACCAGCUUCCACACCCACUUCCGUAUGUGACUUUCCUAAUUCCAGAAACUUAAGUGGGCAGGGAGCUUCUGAUGGAUCCCAAUCUGGGAAAAUGAAACUUCUCUGUAGCUUUGGUGGAAAAAUAUUGCCCAGGCCUAGUGAUGGCAAACUCAGAUAUGUCGGGGGAGAGACACGGAUUAUUGCCUUUCAGAAAUGUCUUUCUUGGGAUGAGCUUGUGAGGAAAGCACUAGAUAUUUUCAACCAACCUCAUGCAAUCAAGUACCAACUUCCAGGUGAGGAUCUUGAUGCCCUUAUAUCUGUUUCUUCUGAUGAAGACCUUCAGCAUAUGAUAGAAGAAUAUAACGGGCUUGAAAAGCUUGAGGGUUCUCAAAAGCUGAGGAUUUUUUUGAUUCCCUUGGGGGAGUCUGAAAGUGCAUCUUCCCUUGAGGCUAGCGCCCUUCAGCAGAGCAAUCCUGAUUACCAUUACAUGGUAGCUGUCAAUGGGGUAGUAGAUCAUAGUCCUAAGAAAGAUUCUGGUGGACAGUGUUUACCCAACGAAGGAAGUCAACUAGGACCUGCUUUGGAUCAUAACCCUAGUUUUCUUAAUGCCUUGCAUCCAUCUCAAAUUUUCCAUGCUUCUCAAUAUACUACCAGAUCCCAACUUGAAUCUCUGCCUAUUUGUCCACAACCUUUCCAGCAUGGAGAUUCCAAGAGCGUUUGUGAACAAGCAGCUGGUGGUAACUCCAGCAAUGAAAGCAACAGUUCCUUCACUACAUCUCACCGAAAUCCUGAGAACUGUGGCAUAAAAAACCCUAACUAUAAGCAAGUUCAACAGGUUCCUCCUGCCUUGAUGAAUUAUAAUCACCCUUACGUCAAGGUUGAUGCCAGCCAAGCCUACCAAGCACAUGAAGAGCAGUUACAAAACCCUGAUCCCAGCAAAAAUUCCGUGCCUCUUUCUGUUUUAACUGAAAACAAUAGUGAUUGUUAUGGUGUGUUACAUGAGAGGCCUAUCUCACUUGCUGCUGACCCAUUGAGCCUGUUGUCAGCAUUUGUUGAUCCCAUGGAUUCUUACCAAGGCAUGAUACAUGCAUUUUCAGAUUCAAAGCUGCUGGAGGUUGGAGGAAGGUCCUAUUACUGUUCACAAGAAGGAACUAGCCCAUUUCCCCCUUUAAAUUUUGCAACUACUAGAUCACCUUCAAUUUCAGUGCAGGAAAGGUUGAUGCAACAAGAAGAUAAUAUUGGUCUACUGAAGUCCAGGGCACAAAAUGAUUGGUCAGAUAGUGAUCCUACAUCAGAGUCAACACUGGAUUUGCUGAUGUUUUCUCCAAAUCCUGAAGCUUCUUGCAGGAAGAAGUCUAUCCAUAAGGGUGCUGGUGAUAGUAACGACAAGUGCCAAACAACUAAAAUUAAUUCUAGCAAAUCCAUUUUCAUGACACCUAAUAAUUAUGAUGAAUUUGCUACAAGUUUGGAUGCCAGUAACAGGUCUGGUAAAGUUGAUCCAGGUGGGAAGCUUUAUGAGCGGAUAUCCCCUGAGUGCAGUAUGUUAUACAACAACAAAUUGUCUAGCGCAGACUGCAAUCAAACUUUUGGUGUUGCUAUUGAUACUUGGAAAGAAGAUUCACAAGUCUCACAGCCUUCAUCCUUGGAUAUAAUGGAUAACAUAAAACAUCUACAGACAUUGGGAAAAACCACAUAUGAUAUUGCUGAAUGUUGUGAUUUCAGUGGAAAAGUAACUACUGGACAAGGGAGCAUUACUUCAUGCACUGACAACCCUGAAGUUACAAGCUUAUUUCCAAAGACCGUGGAAGAAUUAAGAGGUGAGAGUUCAGCGGGUGAUCUCAUCUCUGUGUCAUUGAAUGGCCCAAUGUUGCUUGAACGACAACAAUUGCACUGCGUUGCAAGUCAAAAGGUUAUAUCUAAAGAAGAUAUGCUGAGGAGCUCAACCAAUUUGCACCUAUCUGCCAUUCAUGUUGACUCUGGUCUGUGCUCAAACUUGCAAAAGAAUGACCUUCAUUCUAUGUUACCGAAGCCAGCAAAGGACGCAGCUUCUAGGAGAGAGGUUUCUCUAAUCGAUGAUGACCUUAAUUAUCCCAAUCAAAAUGCUGGGAAGAUGGUCCCCACAGGAUCUGUGCAUGGAAAUUCAAUUGUAGAAGAGUUUGCAUUUACCCAGACAGAAACCUCAAGCAUGAAUCAAUAUCAAAUCCAGCCAGACCCCUUAGUUAUUUUGGAUGAUGUGAUCACAAGUAUGCCUUCCAGGAUUGAAGUUUCAUCUGCAAUUGUCCCACCUGUGGAUAUGACUGGCAGUGAUACUGUAUCUCCUAUUGCUACAGAUUUGGUGGACAUCAUUCCCAAACCCGAGUCUAAGGAUGUUGCAGCUGAUGCUCAAUACAAGGAUGAUCCGUUCAAUGAUGCCAAGAUAGCUGAAACGGAAGCCAACAUCUAUGGCUUGCAGAUUAUAAAAGAUGCUGAUCUCGAAGAACUGAGGGAGCUAGGAUCUGGUACAUAUGGUACUGUUUAUCAUGGAAAAUGGCGGGGAACAGAUGUUGCUAUAAAGAGAAUAAAAAAGAGUUGCUUUUCUGGGAGAUCAUCAGAGCAAGACCGACAGAUCCAAGACUUCUGGAGAGAAGCACAGAUCCUCUCAAAUUUGCAUCAUCCAAACGUGGUCACAUUUUAUGGAGUAGUACCAGAUGGAAGUGGAGGAACGUUGGCAACUGUAACUGAAUAUAUGGUAAACGGAUCACUUAGGAAUGUCCUAAUCAAGAAGGAAAGAUCACUUGAUCUUCACAAAAGGCUCACAAUUGCCAUGGGUGCAGCUUUUGGCAUGGAAUACUUGCAUUCCAAAAACAUUGUUCAUUUUGAUCUGAAAUCUGACAAUUUGCUUGUCAAUCUAAGGGACCCAGAACGACCCAUAUGCAAGAUUGGAGAUUUUGGAUUAUCAAAAAUCAAGCACAAUACUCUAGUUUCUGGAGGUGUGCGAGGAACCCUCCCAUGGAUGGCACCAGAACUGCUAAAUGGUAGCAGCACCAAAGUUUCUGAAAAGGUUGAUGUGUUCUCAUUUGGAAUUUCAAUGUGGGAAAUAUUGACCGAAGAGGAGCCAUAUGCUGAUAUGCAUUGUGGUGCCAUUAUUGGAGGGAUCCUUAAGAACACUCUUCGACCUCCUAUUCCAGAAGGUUGCCAUCCUGAUUGGAGGAAGCUAAUGGAACAGUGUUGGUCUCCUGAUCCUGGAUCGAGGCCAUCAUUUACCGAGAUAACAAACAGGCUGCGAUCAAUGUCUCUGUCGCUUAGGCCGAAGGGAGCUAAUAAUCAGGCAAAACAGACAGAGCCCUAAGGUUACGGUAUGACUCGUCAUUAUACGCUAGCACCUAUUUUGUUAUUAGGUACACCUGUAAAGUUUAAUAUCUCUGACAGGUCCUUUGAGAAUGUGGAUAAGUAUAGUUUGAUCAUCAAUAGUCAUUUUCCCCCUUUUCAACAUUUGUCGAUAGAAUAGAUAUAUCUUUAUUUUUUAUUCUUUUGUAAGAGAGUAAAUUCGUGUCAUAGUAGUGAAGCAUGAGAGAAAGCAUUU